AUGCUAAAAACUCCAAAGGAAGUUGCUCGUGAAAAUAAACGUGAAAUAACUCGUGCACGUCGAGAAUUACAACGUGAAACAAAUCGUUUACAAAAUACUCAGAAACAACAAGAAAAUGAAAUUCGAAAACUAGCUGCCAAAGGUGAAAAGACAGCUCUUCGUCAAUAUGCUAAAAAUAUUGUUAAAACACGUAAUCAAGUGAAUAAAAUAUCCCAAAUGGAUGCCACAUUGUCAGCGCUAGAAAGCGAGAUAGCAACAAUAACAACAAAUCAAACAAUGAUGGAUGUUAUGGUUAAAACAACAAGAACAUUAGAACGCAUAAACAGAAUGAUUCCAUUGCAAGGUUUUCAACAGACAAUGAUGAAUUUUGAAAAAAAUAAGGAUAUAAAUGAAGCCAAGCAACAGAUGAUGGAAGAUGUGAUGGAUAGUGCAUUCGAUGGAGAAGCAGAUGAAGAAGAAACAGACCAACUUGUGGAUCAAGUACUCGGCGAACUCAAUAUCAAUAUUGCAAGUCAAAUGCCAAGUGUCACAGGUGGUCCACUUGCUGCUGGUGGUGCUCGUGCAGCAGCUAAACCUCAAGCUGUGUCAACAGCUGAUGCAGAUUUAGAAGCUCGUCUGGAAGCAUUACGUCGAAAUUAG